AUGUUAAAAAUUCUUAAAUACUUUGGCACCAUCAAACAUUUUAAGUUGCCUGACUUGGGAGAAAAGAUUAAGGAAGCCACUAUUGUGAAAUGGCAUGUCAAAGAAGGUGAUAAAAUCUCAGAAUUUGAUCCUGUCGCAGAUGUAUCCACUGACAAAAUGUUCACUCAAAUCCCUAGUAGCUUCACUGGAGUCAUUCAUAAGAGAUAUCACAAAGAAUAAGAUCAAUGCCAAGUUGGAGAGUUGUUUGUAGAUAUCGAUGUUGACGAAGCCUCAUCACUUUCCAACCACACAACUCAAACAACCCAAUAACCAUCACCAAUACCAAUACCAAAACCUUAAAUUGCCUCGAAACCUACUCCCUAAAGAGAAUCAUUACUUUAAAGGAUUUCACCAUCUGCUAAAUAUUUGGCUUAAUUACAUAAUAUUGAUAUUAACGAUGUUAAAGGUACUGGUAUCUAUGGGACAAUCACCAAAGAUGAUAUUUCAAAUUAUCAAAACCAACCUAAAUAAUAAUAAUAAACUACUUCGACAUCAUAAUCAUAAACUAUUAAAAUGAGUGACUUUUAAAAGGGCAUGUAAAAAUCUAUGACUGAAUCAAAUACCAUCCCACAUUUGUAUUUACAAGAAGAAAUCGAUGUCACGUCUUUAAGUUCAUUUAGAGAAGAAUUAAAGAAAUAAUAAAAUAUUACUUUUAUGACCCUCUUUAUUAAAUCUUUUUCUCUCGCCUUACUUUAGUUCCCAAUAUUAAAUUCAACGUAUGAUCCCAGUGCCCCUUUUCAAUUUAUCACUCAUCAGGAUCAUAACAUUUCCAUUGCCAUGGAUUCACCUAAAGGUUUAGUCGUACCAAACAUUAAAUAAGUCUAAAAUCUCUCAAUUUUAGAAGUUCAAUAAUAAUUAAACAAAUUAAAAAAAUUAGGAGAUGAAAGUAAAUUAGGUCCCAAUGAGUUGAAUAAUGGAACAAUUUGUAUUAGCAACAUCGGAACUAUCGCAGGUACAUACGUAGGACCUCUAAUUUUACCUCCUUAAGUAUGUAUCGUAGGAAUUGGAAGAGUUGUUUUAUAACCUAGAUUUAUUGCUGGAUCUUAUCAACCCAGAAAAAUUAUUUACACAAGCUUCGGUUGUGAUCAUAGAAUAUUAGAUGGUGCUACGAUUGCUAGAUUUUAAAAUACUUGGAAAUAGUAUUUAGAAUAACCAGAAUAAAUGAUGGUUAAAUUAAAAUGA